CUAGGCGUGAUAACAACCGGUAUGAGCUUGGCAUGGCCAUCACCGAUGCUUGUGAAGUUGGGAAACGAAACAGAGUCGCCAUUACAUCGACGCAUUACUGAUGAAGAAGGUUCUUGGAUCGCUUCCGUGGGCGCUCUAUGUAACACGUUCACUCUUUGUUUUCUAGGCAUGUUAAUAGAUCGUAUUGGUAGAAAAUACUGCGUAAUACUAACAUGUGUGCCAAAAAUAUUAAUAAGCAUUGUGUUCAUAUUUGCGAAAGAGGCAUGGGUCUUGAUACUGGGCCGUGCUGUAAUUGGUUCUGCGGAUUUUUUCCUGUUUACUGCUGUCCCUAUUUACGCUUCGGAAAUCGCUGAUAAAGAAACGCGAGGUUCUCUCGGCACUUUGCUGCAGAUGUUGAGUUCUUUGGGCAUUGCACUAACGAAAUCCAUAGGGCCAUUUGUCUCGUAUACAACGUACAGUAUAGUAUUUGCUGCUAUGAAUCUUCUCGUGGCAAUUCCUGUGUUAUUUUUGCCAGAUAGUCCUUACUAUCUCUAUUCCAAAGGUAAAACCAAUCAAGCAAUGAAUACAUUGACAUCACUUCGUGGUUCUGAAGAAUUGGCUAAAGAAGAGCUUGCAAUGUACUCAGUUGCGGUUAAUACGGAAAAAGUCAACAAAAUAAAAUUAUUGAAGGACCGAGUCUUUCUGAAAUCACUUGGGAUAGCGAUAGUCCUUUGUAUUAUGUCACAAUUUACCGGUUUUAACGCAGUAUCGUAUUAUUUGCAAACGAUUUUAGUAUCGACGAAUACAAACGUUAUGCCUGAAGUGGCAUCGCUUGUGAUAAGCUUAAUACAAAUUUUAGCAGCCAUAUGUGCAGCGAUUGUAACUGAUAGAUGGAAGCGGACACAUAUAUUGUUAUCAUCGUUUAUUGGUAUCUUCAUUGGAUUGGUAGCUUUGGGUUUAUUUUUCAAGUUAACAGAGGAGAAGCAAGAAGUGAUCGGAUUCUUAAAUUACUUGCCAAUGAUUUCGCUGAUAAUCGUCAUUUAUUGUUAUAGCGCAGGAAUAGGUUCUUUAUUUUGGGUGUUGGUCCCAGAAUUAUUUGAUGGACCUGGUAGAGCAUUAGGAGUUACGAUAGCGAUGGUGGUUGUAUCAUUUUUGAUUUUCAUUACGACGAAGUUCUUUCCCUUAUUGACCAUGGCCAUCGGUCCAGCGAUGACUUACUGGUCUUUUAGUAUAAUUUGUGUGAUCAGUUGUAUUUACGUUUAUUUCUGCAUCCCUGAUACAAAUGGAAAGACUUUCAAUGAGAUACAAAAAGAAUUAAGCGGAGAGGAAGCGAGAGAAAUAAACGAAAAAAAUGAUAAAUAAACUAUU